AGUAGAGUGUGUAGCUCACUAGCGAGCAGUGUAGUGCCCAACUAGCAAAAAAGCUUUCUCUAUAAAAGGACAGUAGACUUCCGUAGCUAACUGAAUUCCACACACAGAAUUCUUCUAAGUCAAGCCAUGCCACCAGUAAAGCUUGAGGUAUCAGAUGCGACCAUCACACAGUCUAGUGAUGCCAAGCAAAAGGAGCUCAAUAAGUGUAACCAGCUAGAGCUGAAGGGUCUGGAGUCUAUCGCCCCUCUGGUGCGGUCCGUGGAGGAGACCCCAGAGCCCAUCGCCACAGAGGUGUGUGGGACCAUCCCAACCUGGAUCCGAGGCAGCCUCCUCCGCAACGGCCCAGGGAAGUUUGAGUUCGGAAACCAACACUACAACCACUGGUUUGAUGGGAUGGCCAUGCUGCACCAGUUUAAGAUUGAGGAUGGCAAGGUAACCUACAGGAGUCGCUUCCUGCAGAGUGAUGCUUACAAGAAGAACAGCGAGAGGAACCGCAUCAUGGUGUCAGAGUUUGGCACAGUGGCCAUGCCCGACCCCUGCAAGAACUUCUUCCUGCGUUUCCUCUCUCGCUUCGAGAUGAUAGAGGCAACGGACAAUGCCAGUGUUAGCUUUGUAAAGUACAAGGGAGACUGCUUUGUCAGCACUGAGACCAACUACAUGUACAGGGUGGACCCAGAGAGCCUGGAGACACAGAAUAAGGUGGACUGGACAAAGUUUAUUGCUGUGAAUAUGGCCACUGCGCAUCCGCACACUGAACCAGACGGCACUACGUACAACAUGGGCAACUCUUAUGGCAGAAAAGGUGCCUUGUAUAACAUAAUCAAAGUGCCCCCUAUGAAGAACAACCCUGAGGAAACCCUGGAGGGGGCCAAAGUGCUGUGCUCUAUUGUCCCUGCAGACAAGGCCAGGCCCUCCUACUACCACAGCUUCGCAAUGUCAGAGAACUAUGUGGUGUUCAUAGAGCAGUCUAUCAAGAUGGACCUACUGAAGAUUGUCACAGCUAAACUGAGGGGAAAGGGAAUCAGUGAGGGGAUCUACUGGGACCCCAAACAAGAUACUGUCUUUCACCUGGUAGACAAACACACGGGACAGACCAGCUCAGUAAAGUUCCACACCAAGGCUCUGUCAGUGUUCCACCAGAUCAACGCUUAUGAGGAGGACGGCUUCCUGAUGCUGGACAUGUGUUGCUCUGAUAAUGGAGAGGCAAUCAACACCUACCUCAUCCAGAACCUACGCAAGUCAGGGGAGGCUCUCGAUCAGGCCUACAACAACAUGUACAGAGUGUUCCCCCGGCGCUUUGUUCUGCCCCUCAAUGUGACCAACGACACACCGACAGGUGUGAACCUCAACACACGUCCCGCCAGCUCUGCCACUUCUUUCAAAACAGCCAUAGAUAAGGUGGUGUGCCAGUUUGAGGAUCUCCAUGGAGAGGACCUUUAUGAGUACGGAGGCCUGGAGUUCCCCCAGAUCAACUACAGCAAGUUCAACACGCGGCCCUAUCGCUACUUCUACGGCUGUGGCUUUAGGCACCUGGUGGGAGACUCACUCCUCAAGAUUGACCUGGAGGGAAAGAAAGUCAAGGUGUGGUACCAGAAGGGUUUGUUCCCCUCAGAGCCUGUUUUCAUUCCCUCGCCGGACGCCGUGGAGGAGGACGAUGGGGUCAUCCUGUCCGUGGUGGUCACGCCCACUGAGGAUAAGAGUACAUUCCUCCUGGUUCUGAAUGCCAAGACAUGGGAAGAGCUGGGGAGAGCCGAGGUGCCUGUCAAUAUUCCCUACGGUUUCCAUGGUACCUUCAACCCGACUGCCUAGAUCAGCAUUACUGACCUAACAAUCACCCAUGCCUUCCUCCCUCCCUCAGAUUAUUUUUGUGACCAAUAGAAAUGUAUGGUAAAUAAUGUAGUGUGUCAUUAUGGAGUCACUUUUAUUGUAAAUAAGAAUAUAACAUGUUUCUAAUCACUUCUACGUUACAUGUUAAAAUGUGGAUGCUACCAUGAUUACAGAUAAUCCUGAAUAAAUUGUGAAUAAUGAUAAGUGAGAAAGUUAGAUGCAGAAAUAGCAUACCCCCCCAAAAGUAUAACCUCUGUUAUUGUAAUGGUGAGUCUUUUGUGUGUCUUUUGUGUGUCUAACUUUCUCGCUUGUCAUUAUUUACAAAUCAUUCAGGAUUUUCCAUUUUCACGGUAGCAUCCACAAUAAUGUACAAUGGAAGUGUUUAGAAACAUUGUAUUCUUAUUUCCAAUAAAAGUGACUCCAAAAUGACCAUACAUUAUUUACCAUUCAAGUCAAGGGGUCUGAAUACGCUGUAUACACACAUUUUACAUAUACAUUUUACACACAUGGUACUUUUAUAUAGAGCAAUCCCAUAAUAAUAAUACAUUACCAAACACAAGCUCUUUAAUCACACAUGAAUUUUGAACCUUUCUCAUCGCCACAGAUUGUAAGCUAAAGAUGAAAACCUUUCCUAUGAUAAUUCUUAUAUUAUUGAUUGAUUGACAAUGGCUUUCCAAAUUGCCCAACACUGCUCUUUGUAAGGUUAAUGUUAAGUCAAUGUUGCUACUGUACAUGGGGGCAAUACCAUAAUGAUCUCUUCGCAGAAAAAUCUACAGUGCUGAGAUUGUUGUAUGCCAUAUAUAUAUAUAUAGCAUGAAAUUGGUGGCAAAAAGUCAGUCUUGAAUCAAAUUUUUUUUUUGUAUCAGUUCAUAUAUCAUGUUUCAUGGAAUCGGUACAUCGAAAAUCUCUUCCCAUUUAUUUUGCAACCUGUAUGGCGCAGGGUCAACAUUUUUGCCCUCAAAUGAAACCGCUAUAUUUUUAUAAUUAUGCCAAUCAUUUUCAGCCAAUUUUGUAUCUUUAGUAUAAACAUUCCCCCUCUUCCCCUUGCCCUUGGUAAGCUGCAGUCAAUUGGUUGUAACUUUGCAUUGAGCAGACAUUCCCAUAUAUUUUUGAUAGCUGCAUAUGUUACUUAACUUCACUAUCUCUAUUCAUAAUAUCAAUAAUAAAUAUAAUACCAUUUUAAAACAUUUUUUCCAUAAAGAAUGUUUUUUUAAAAAUUACCAUAAUAUUUGUUCUGUCUUUUCUGGAGGUAAAAUUGAAAUUGUAACCAGCUUUGUAUGGCUUGUUUAUGAAAGGGCACACUUUAAACAAAGUUUCAUUUUCAAUUAGUCGGAAAUGAGAAGUUGUAAUCUGUAUGAAGGCAAUUUUUGAACAAAGGAUUAACCUUUUUUAAUAAUCUACUGGAAAAACAUUUUGGUUUUAAGUGUAAUCUAUGUAUGAGUGAAGCUUUUAGUGAGAGGUUUAAUGCUUUAAUAUUUAAUAUUUUUAGCCCCCUUAAACACAUUAAUUAUUUUGUCUGGUUUAGCUUUCCAAAUUAAGUGAACUAUUUGUUACUCAUAUGAUUUAAAAAAUACAAGUCGCCUGAAGUAGGCAAUGCCAUUAUUAAGUAAACUGUGAUAGAACCAAAGAGUUAAUAAAUGUGAUUUAUGGUUGCAGAAUCUUAUCUAUUUUGGCAAACUUUCUAUUGAAAUUGGUUUUGGUAAGUUAAUUUAUAUUUUUUGAGAUAUGAAUACCAAGUAUGUCUACUUCAUCUUCCGCCCAUUUUAAUGGCAAACUACAAGGUAGUGUAAAAACUGACUUUUAACGAUCCAAUACGUAAUCUGGUACACUUUUCAUAACUAGGUUUUAGUCCAGAGAGGCUAGAAAAAUGAUCAAGAUCUUCAAUGAGACUGUGCAGGGAUCCAGAUUGCAGACCUAACACAAAACUUGAGUCAUCGGCAUACAUUGACACAUUGUUGUUAUUAACCCCUUGAUGUUCUUGUUGGAUCAAAUUUUAAUAGCUAGCAUUUCGAUGGCCAUAAUAAAUAUAUAUGGAGACAAUGGACAGCCUUUUACUCCUCUUAAAAGCUCAAUACUUUCUAAGUAACCAUUGCUGUACAUAACUUUAACCCAAUGUAUAUGAGACUCACCGAAAUUAAAGUAAUCCAAGCAUUUAUAUGUCAAUUCUAAUUGUACUUUAUCAAACUCCUUUUUGAAAUGAGAGAGACUGUAAGUGUGUCCCUACAACAAAUAUCCAUGUUCAAGUAACUUCAAUCGUUAUAGAUCAGCAUACAUCAUGCAAUUUAGUUUCAAAAGUUCAUAAAACAUUAAACAGUUAAGUAUUUACAACUUAAGAAGACCAUAUGGGUGGUGAUGUCACUUUAUUACUUUAAGUAUUGAACACUGAAAUACUCUGAGUUGGGUUACUCAAAUGGUUCUUGGCAACUGGUUUCCACAUAAAGUAAUUAGUUCUGCUAACAAUUAUUUUAUACAGUGCAGAAUCUGAUGCCUUAGUUUACAUGAAGUUACGCAUGCAUAUCCACUAACAAUCUUUUGUAUUUUUUUUACUAUGUUCUGUGGUACAUUUCUAAUUAAAAAGUGAUACUAUAAAAGUUU